AUGUCGACCUAUAAUCCAUUCGCUAGGCGAGAGUCGCACGACCGGUUCUCACUUGGAACCUAUCGCGUCCUCGUUCCCUUGUCGUGGCUACUCGUCGUGGUCGUCGGCAUCUACUACUCCUCUCAUGCCCCUGAUGUCAAGCACGGCCAUACUAUCUGGAAGCAAGCCAACAAGCACAUUACUCCGUUUAGCUUGAGCACGGUUAUAUCUGGUGUCUACUGGAUCAUAACACUCCUUUCUCAGAUCGGCUUUGUCUACCAUCUUUUCUCCAACGACGCGGUGACGGCCACCGCCGCCGCCAAUGUAGGGUCACACUUCAUCCUGAACAACCUGUUCAUCUUUGCCUGGAUUCUUCUAUGGACUCGCAACCAUUUCUGGGGAUCAGAGAUUAUCCUGAUCGCGCACUUCCUGAACCAAAAGACGACCUACUGGCGGCAUCGUACACUGCCACCUCUGGCGCAUUUUGCCGCCGUCGCAGCGCCUUAUGCCUGGACUCUGAUCACGCUCUUCUGGAACGGAGCCGUUGCCGUGAACAGCAACAGCCUGCCAGCGAGGAUCGUUGCUAAUGUGUUCAUCUGGGUGCUAUUCGCAUUGGGUUCCACACACAUCCUGUCUACCCAGGAUGACAUUCUGGGUUACAGCCUGAGUCUCUUGACGCUGGCAUUGGCCGUCAAGCAGUUCGGCGUCAAGAUCAUCUCCCUGCAGUGGAUCUUUGCCAUUGUUAUCUUUGCCGUCUUCUUCGCCGAGUCUCUCUAUAUCUCCUUGACGAAGUACUCUGGGCGCAACAUCUUCUUCCGUAGGGCUGGACAGCCGGCGCCGGUGACCGAUCGCGAGAGGGAGCCGUUGCUCAACGAUUCGACCCAGCCAGCCCAAACUGCCUAA